AUGUCUGCCUGUACAACUUUUGCUUGCCGAUUCUGCCGACCAAUCGUCCCAACGCGAUGGAUGGGACAAAGUAGUACUCGAAUAGUCCAAGCAAAAAAGCCAACCCCCAAACCGCCACACAAAGAACCCUUGAACCGACUCUGUGCGAACAAGCGUAUGUAUGUGUGUGUGCACGCACGCACAGUCACCCUACCUAACCCCAUCACAGUACCAAAAAACAGAAAACCCAGACAAAAGGAACAGAAAAUGCGAUAA